UGUUUACAGUUGGAUGAUCCGUUGAAAUAUGAACAAAACAUUCAAAUGUCUAAAAGUAGAGAUGGCAAUAACAUGGCUGAUGCUUCUGCUUGCUUGCUUUGUGUCGUUUGCAAAGUUACAAUACAUUCAUUACCCUAAAGAUAAAUGCGAAGACAAUUUCAACAAUCCUGAACUACUUAACGUGUUUAAGGACGAAUUUCAUGAUCUUAGAUUGAAAAUAGACAAACUUCAGGAGGACAAUCUUCAACUGAGAGAAAUGCUAACAAAAUCAGAAAAAAAGUUUCCCACAUCAUGUUCAGAUGCAAUUGAUGAAUUCCAACCAGGAUUUACUCUAACGUUUGCAGCACAAACAAUUACAACCAAAGAAACGCCCUUAAAGAUUGGAAACAUUAUAUCUAAUUAUGGAUCUAUUCUUACCGAGAACAAUGAAUUUGUUAUUUGCAGGGAUGGGGUAUACGAGUUUUUGCUUCACCUGGUCACCGAAUCAAGCGAGAACGGGGCGUGGAUUUACAAAAACAAUAAACCGAUGACAUUAGUUUGGCAGAGUGGACCUGUAAAUGUGACUGGCGUAGUUUCGGGUACAACUUCUUCUGUUGUUGAACUGUUCGCUGGAGACUCUAUAUCUAUUCGGUCUUAUCGGGGCGAUCUGCGUGUUUCUGGAUUUUCUGCAUGGUCUGGGCACAUAGUAUCAAAUCUAUUUUAUAAAGCAUCCGUUUUGGUUGUCACGCUUCAACUCCCUGAUUAUUCUUCAUUUGCAUUCGGUCGACACAUAAUCACUAAGAUAGGAAUUACUCCUUGACAGGGGAUUUUAUAUGUUCUGAGACAGGUCUCUAUAAAAUCAAUUUACAUGCAACAAUUAAGUCCAAUAACACUAUAUAUGCAUCGGUUAGCAAGGCAGAUGCGAAGAUAUUCUUAUAUUCACAAGAUGUUUAUACUUCCUUUACAUCAUCGUCCUUGACAUCAAUAAUAAAUCUAACAAAAGGCAGUCGAUUAGAUGUUUAUAUUUCUAAUGUACUGAAUGAGAUUGAGUUUAGUAACUCAUCUGUCUUUUCUUUUUAUUCACUUAACAGAACAGGCAAAAGUGAUAUCGCGUUCACUUGCACACAAUUACGCAAAAUUGAAAAUAGGAUAGCAUGUCCAAAUUCAACAAAAGAAUUCAAUGCAUCGGGAUACAUGACUUGUACCAUGAAAGGGUUGUACUUUUUUAGCAUAGAUAUUAUUGCCAGGAGUAGUACCUUGAAUACUGGUGUACAAAUUUACAAAAACGAUAUUCCUCUAACGACUGCUGCGUUUGGAAUUAAUGUAGACAAAGCUAUUUAUCAAACAGCAUCCACCUCUGUGGUUAUUAAACUGAAUGUAGGGGAUCAUAUAAGCUUUCAAAAAACAGGCCAAAUAGAACGAAUUUCCGAAGACUCAAAUAUUUCGGGAUAUAGGAUAUCCUUGUAAGCCCUUUAUAAUGAAUUCUAUGUAUCCGAUAUAGGAUCAAAUCAUAGCAGUUGAAUUUAUAAGUCAUGAAUUUAUCAGAUUG